UCUCGGACCUUUCUUUAAUGAGGGCAAACUACUUCAUGAAUUGACAAAAAAAAAUCCGGCUGAUAUUCAUUAAAGAAGCGAAAUUCUCCAGGCGAGUAAGCGAAACUUAAAAGACUACUAGUUAUGUACAAACUAGCCUGUUUGUACAUACGUUAAUUGUUUGUAGGUUCGACUUCCAUUGGGGUUUAAAGCCUAUUGUUUUGAAAUGUUUUCGAAGGCAAUAUAAAUCCGGAUUUUCAGCAUUGUAAACCAAUUAAAGGCAAUUGUAUUUCUUAUAUACUUUAUUAGUUUUAGUGCUUCGUGUUAGCUAGGUUAGUUAGCCUCUCCCAGGAGGAUCGUUGUGUCGUGGUUGCCCCUAGCAACGGAAAGAUGCUUUGUGUCGCGGUCUCCGGAGAAGAGCAGUCUUUUGGCGUGUAGGAAGGAAAAUAAGUAUAAAUAAUAUAUAUCUUCUAAGCCAGAAUUACAGCUGUGCUUUGAAGUCUUAAUGGACGAAGAUGGGACACUUUUCGAGGAGCACGAAGAAGAAACAUGUUCUAAAUAUGUUCUCAAUUAUACGUGCAAACCAAGUCCGGAGCUGAUGAUGUAAAUAAAACUGUGAAGAUGCCUGCAGCAUCAGCAGCUCAAGGGAUAACCCCUUAUCCAGACAGGGGUUUGGGAUUAACUUUCCUACUGGGAACCGAGUAUGAAAGAAGGAAGCAGAAACUUCAACAAGAGCUGCAACAGGACUUUCAACACUAUGUUUCCAAGAAGAAGGAUCUGAAAACUAGCGAGCAUCAUUCUCAACCCCAGGGUCUCUCUCUACCCAUUUAUGAGAAGAUCUCAGAAAAGGAAAAACUGAGAGAAGAGAGAAAUAAAGAAUACAACCUUUUCCUCCAAGAACAAGCACAAAACAGAAAGUUAAAGAGAGGAACAACCCCCGUCUCUUCAAAGGCUGGACAGACUCAAGCUUCAGAUGCUGCGAACGUUUCUGCCCGAGGUUCUUACCUGCACCUGCACCUCAAUGCCUACUCAAACAUGCCCCCCUCACCUUCUAAGGCUCGCCCUGCGUCCAGGAGAGACGCGGCCACCGAGACUGAGGUAGUCGAUAAUGGAAAGAGCACAGGGACUUACGGUCUAGGCCAUCGGCAGCGACGGCUGUGGCAAAGCAAUAGACCGAAAGAACCCUAUAGCUCUGAGGAGGAGUCACUCACAAACAAAGAGGAGGGCUUUGAUUUCCAAUACGGGAGAGGACAGGACAGAUUCACUCAAGAUCCUAAGUGCAAAGAGGAGAGAACAACUCAAGAGCACAGAGUGAACAGCAUGAGGCCAGCGUCAAGAUCUGCACAUGGUAUCAACAAGGACGAGUCUGAGUUUGCUACCGGACUCACGAUUGGGGCAGCAGAAGACCACAGUGUCUCACAGAUGAGGAAGGAACGGUAUAAGCAGGAGUUGUUGCAACAGAUUGCUGAAAAGCAGAGAAACAAGAUGAUGGAGAAGACACUUGAGCCGAGAGUUGCUGCCACUGGAGCCAAAGACCCUGAGAAAGAGCCGGACCGAAUAAAGCAGUUUGGGGCUGUUCCCAGGCAGUAUUACCCCUCGAGGCCAGAUACCUCUCGUAAGUCUGGACUCGACCUGGAGGCCACGGAGAAGAAUCCAAAUCCAAGGCCCAAAUACGACAAACGCCCUGACAGCACAGAGCAGACAGCCAGACCAAAGAACUCCCAGGUGGACCACCGGGAAGCUCUCAAUCAGCUGCCAGGGAACGCCGUACCUGGGUCUGGCAAGGGAGUAGCACAAGGCGUCUCCUCUUUUGACUAUUUCAGCGAGGACUACCACAGGGCCUUCUCAAGAACGCUAGGAGGGGUGGCCAUGCCAAGGGUUGCUGGUGCUGCUCCUCCCGUACCUCCCGUUGUACCCAAUACUUACAAGACUCCACAUGAUGCAGCUUAUUACUACUAUGGAGCCAGGGACCCAUUAGAUCCUAAUCUUCCUCACAAUCAGACUGCUCUGCCUGGAGAGCUUCAACAAUCUGGGAUUCCUUCUCAAAGGCCACCUCUCAGAUCCAGCAGCCGAACUGAAACAGCUCAUCAGCACAGAGCAUCUCCCGUAGCUUUUGACGAGCUUUACGAAGAGAGGUCCAAGCAGAGGAGACGGAGUGUAUUGAGCUACCAAGAAGCACUCAGACAGCAGAUCAAAGAAAGAGAGGAGUCUAAAAGAAGAGAGAAAGAGGAGAAGGAGAGAUAUGAUGCUAAGAUAGAGGCUGAGAUGAUGGCGUACAACCCUUGGGGCAAAAGUGGAGGAGGUGCUCCGAUUAAAGACCAAAAAGGCAACCUUGUUAAUAACCUGUAUAAAAUGCACAGGAUCAAUGAAGAGACGUAUAGGAAUCCCAGGUCCAGUCCUGGAGCUGAAACCGUGCCCCCCCUCUCCCAUCGACUGUCAGAUUUCAAAGAUCAGUCGUCUCCAUCGCAGCUCCACCGACAGGACAGCUACAAGGAAGCCCUGAAACGACAGAUAGAGGAAAACAAGCGAAAACAGGAAGAGGAGAGGGAACGCUUUAGGAUCGAGGAGGAGAAAGAGGAGAAGAGGCUGGCGAAUCAGAGAGCUCGGAUACAGGAGGAAUAUGAGCGUGAGCAAAGGAAACAAAAGAAGGCUGAGCAUAGGACACAAAACCAAAGUUGGAUUCUUGAACCUAAAACACGUCCCCGGGAGGAGGAAAAGGACGAAAAUGAGAGGGUACCUCAGAGUGUCAGGGCAGCAGUGGAGAAAAGGUCAAUGAAUCACGAGAGGGAGCCAUCGCCUCCCAUCCCUGCCUUGCAAAGGAAGCCAACAAAUCUCAUGCCAUCCAGGUGUUCAUCUGUUGUGAGCCAAGUCUCUCCCAGGACUGAGCGUUCUGUGUCAGCCCCGCACCAAACAGUCACCGCAAGAAUGCCCCAACUACAGGAUGGUCAAGAAGACGUCAUCAGGGAGCUGUCAGCCCUGCGGAGGUAUCUGAGGAAAGAGCAGAAACAACUGGAGGUCCAGUUAGGCCAGGCAGGACCACAAGAGGCUCACUACACUCCCCCCAACAGAAGACGACCCAGAGCAGAUGCAUUUGAAUCGGUGCAUGAGGAAUCCGUCCAGAGUCCUCUCCCAGCGGUUAAUAAGCAAAACGUCAGGGAGUUCAACCAGCUCAAAUACAGAGACACAGCCUCUCGUGAGGAGGUCCAAGCCAUGUACCCCGACCCUCCCACUGACGCACAAAGUCUGGACAUCCAACAGCAGGCGCUUCUACGAGAACAGCAGCGCAAACACAGGCUCCUGAACAGACCGGUCGACCACGAUGUUUUGAACUAUUAUUACCCUAGGACGAAACCUGGCUCCUUCGCCCACAGAGACUCUUCCACACUUCCAUCUGAGACCGUUUUUCUCGAUGUGUACAGUGGUGAUGCAUGUGAAGAGCACCGGGGGAGGACGGCCACACGGAGGAGACGCAACUGUGACACACGGGGACCAUCGGAGGCGGCUGACUCUGUGGAUCAGAGGGAACCUGACCCUCCUCUGGAUAACCAGUCUCUGCAGGGGGCCAGUAGUCUGAGUGCAACAUCUAAAACCAGGGCUCACAACCAGCCCCACUACGCAACACGAGAUUCUUUCUUUGAUGAUCCAAGCAGCAGAUCAGAAGGACUGUCUGGUGACGAAUUGGAUGCCUCGUCUCUGCGCUCCGCCCUGGGGAGGCCGGUCUCCGUGGAUACCGUUGCCACGGAGCCCUGGCUGCGGCCCGGGACGCCACGCGCCGUAAUACACGGUAGAGAGAAGCCAAACAGCAGGAUGGACGCUCCCCCCUGGAUGACGCACCGCAUCACAUAGCACCCACUAGCUGUUCUCCAAGGGUGUGGUUUAUACACUGUUGUUUGUGUAGAUGCAGGUAAAGUGCAAAAAAAAAAAAAAAAAAAGUAACUACAUAAAUAACUGCUUGGUUAAACCAGCUCCGACUUUCUCUUUGCCAUAAAGAAUUAAUUGACUACAUUAAAAAUCUGUGAGGUGCACUGCAUUUAUGUGAGUGUAAAUUUAUAUAAUGUUAAUGUAGUUAUAGACUGGGGAGAUUUUUUUCUUUUAAUAUAAUAAAAGCACUUUUAUAAUAAAAGAUAGCAGCUAGCAGCUACUGUAAGUCAGUGAUUCAGCAUUUCAAAUCAUCCAAGUUCAAAAACUUUAUUGACCUAGAACCUGAUUAGAAUGCCAGAUGAUGUAUUGUACAGAAAGUUGUACAUAAUCUUUUGCAACAUAGAAAACUUUACAUUGCUGCAUCAUAUACAUUUUGUUUUCUACAUCCAUGAGCAGGAAUGCAUCCCAUUCAUACUUAAAG